UUUGAAUAAAGAUCAUUUUUGACACAAAAAUAUAUAUUUUAUUUAUGAAAUUACUGUAAAUACGAGUUAUAUAUUCCAUUAUUGAACAUGGCAUUGGUAGCUUAUGAUGAUAGUGAUAUUAGUGAGGAUGAAUGUGAGGAAAAGACUGAUGAGGCAGUUUUAAUACAACAGAUUCAAAAUAAUGUUAUAAAUGAUAGUGAACAAAGAGGAACUGGUGGUCCUACACUCAAACUACCUCCCCCGAAAUCAAAUCAGAAUGUUGAAAAUGAAACUUUUCUAAAGCUCCCGCAACCUAAGGAAAUGAUUAAUGUAGCUAUUGUAGAAGAAGACGAUGAAUUUUUGAAGAAGAAAGAAAAACCAGAAAUCAAACCACCUCCGCCAGUCACAUUGAGAAAACCUGUGAAAAUUCAAUUGACAGCAUUGUCAGAUUUGCAUGAUGAUGACCGUCCCGCUGUGGCCAUGCCAAUGAAAGCACCAUCUGAGAACAAAUCUGGUCUUUUAGGAAUGUUGCCACCACCAAAGGAAUAUAUAGUAUCCCACAACACUAAAAAAUCAAUGAUGGUACCUCAUGUUCUAACAAAAAAACCUGCUGCAAAACCGAUUCCAUCACCUAAAAAAUCUAUCACUAAAAGCAAUAAUGCUAAACCACUUAUACAUUAUGAUUCUUCUGAUGAAAGUGAUUCUGAAAAUCUGUCCGAAAACUCGAGCAAUCAAAACUCAGAUUUCUUCUCUUUAAAUCAAGAAUAUAAAUUACCUGAAGUUCCAUAUGAAAAUAUACCAUCUGAACCAAUUAGGAAUAAAUUUAAUGAAAUACCAAAUAAAAAUUUUGUUGAAACUCCUAUUAUCUUUGAAAAUGUUGACACUGAGCAAACAAUAAAUGAGGAAGCUCAAGAUGGUGAAUUAUCAUUAGAUGAAGAAGCACUUCGGAAGCUUUGCGGUAGCAGAGCAAAAAGGUUUAAACCUGAGAGUAUACAAAUUAUUGAUAUGUCGCAUAAAGACAUACUUCCAAAUGAAGAAGAAUGGAUGAGGGAAGCUCUGCAAGAAGCAACAGCUGGACCAAGAGCAUCACAUUCAGUAAAACCUUUAGGAGGACCAUCAUCUACACAAAAACGCAAACAUCAAAUCACAUAUCUUGCUCAACAAGCAAAAGCUAAUGAGCUGGAACUGCAAAAUCAAUGGGCAAACAAUAGAAUGACUAGAAGACAAACACAAUCAAAGUACGGUUUUUGAAGUCAUUGUAUAAAUUGAAAAACAGC